CCAUUUUGCUGCCUCGGUAGAACAGGAGCCGCCGGAGCAUGUCAUGGAAAUUUUGACGACGUAUUUACUCUGGUCGAGCGUCACCGAAGGAGCACUUGAGGGAAUGCGAGGAAUGCAUUUCUGCAUCGCCAGCCACUCGGGAUGGAGCCUCGGAGGAAAGAAGGAUGUUGUUAUCCUCACUGGAUUGUGUUUACGCCUUUGAUUUCUCAAGUUUGACAACAUCCUCAAGACCAUCAAUGAUGAUACUUGGAUUGAUCUCCCAGGAGUUACACGAGCAGUUGCUGGACCUGAAGAAUUACCAAAAUCGCACAAAUGGGGUAGAAGAACUUAAACACGUCCUCUCAGAAUUGGACAUGAAGUUAGUACCAUCUGACAGUAUUGAGGAGUUCAUCAAUUUUCUCCCGAGGCUUCUUGAUGACAGCAAUUUUAAAGUAUUGUAUGGCACCUUACAAGUCAUAAACUUACUCAUACAGAGGCUAGAUUCCCAUGUAGACAGAUAUUUCAAGCAAAUAGCUUUUGUGGCUCUGAAGGCCCUAGGGGACACUCACACGGUCACCAGGACUGAAUACAUGAACGUGUUUCGACAGCUAAUGAAAAUUGUGGGGCCUCAACAAGUGUUGGAUCUUGUAAUUGGAAACCUGAAACACAAGAAUUCAAGGGUUCGAGAAGACGUCCUUAAUAUCAUCAUGGCAGCUAUGCUCACUCAUCCCAGGAAGGAGUUCAACAUCCCUAAACUCUGUUUUGAAGUUGCACCAUAUCUGGCAGACAGCAAAAGGAAGGUCCGCCAUGCAGCCCUUGAGCUAGUUGCAGUUUUUGACCAUUGCCUUGAUACAGGAAAAAAGCAGCCACUGAUGAAAGCUGUGGACAUGGUGGAGCUCAAUGAGGAUGUGGAAGGCCUUAUGGCAGCUGUGCAGGCAAGACGAGCAAGACGCAUCCUUCCUAAACUUUCCUCAGAGGGGAUGGUGGAGUAUGCCUUGGUGCUGCCCAAACCAGGACAGCGGUGCUCCCCACAGUCUGGUUCUGGAGCUGACAUAGACUGGGUGCUCAGUGGAGGGCGGAUAAGCAGUGCCAGGAGCCACCGAACUGAACCAGGCUCUGAUCGGUUGUAUGGUUAUGGCAGCUUAGGCUCCCUCACUGAUGACUUUCCACUUCAGAGGAGGAUUGUCAGUGCAGGUAAAGGGAAGAACAAGCUACCCUGGGAGAUGUCAAGCCGCUCAUCCACUGAAAGUGACCAGUCAUGCAGCGCCCCCAAUGGAAAAUGCUCUGACCAGGUGGCCAGUGAAGACUGCCUCUCCCAGUCCAGGAAGCUGAGUCCAGAGACUUACAUUCCCAGUUUUGGUUCUGCUGAGGUGCAAAAGCCCCCAUCCAGGAGGAGGGAGUCCCCUGUGCGCCUCAGGAGAAGUGGAAGUCUCGACUUAGACCCUGAGAUAUUUAAAACCAACUUCUCUGACCCAGAUGGUGUGGCAUCAAAGGCGCGCAUUCUCUCUGGGAACCCCAGCGUUGAGCGCACCUUUUCCCUACCCUCUAACCCCACCACAGCUGGCUCCUUUCUACUGCCUUCUUAUCCAUUUUCUCCACUCCGAGGAGGCCUGCUCACUCCUACGCUGUCCCGCCGUCGAGCAGACUCCUCACUCUCUAUGUCCAACACCUGGCCAAACAAGAGAGAGAGUAGCCCUCAACAGCGAGAGCCCAGCCCCUGGAGAGACAACACAGGGGACCAGAUUUCUAACAAAAGCUCUCCCAGACCUCUUCGAGCAUCCCUGGUGAGUUCCUCCUCCACUUCGUCGUUCCGCCGGGCUCUGAGCAACACAAGGGCAAACCUCCCUGUGUCACCAGUUCUCCCUUCAUCGGAGCGGGUCCAGUCUCAUAAUGGCCAGAAUAACAGAGCUCCUGCCAGCCCCCAGAACAAGCACCUAGAGAGGAACAUUGAUCUGGAUCUCAUGAGCAUCAGCACAGUGCAAGAUCUUCAAGAUGAUGAGCCUCUAGAUGUGGAGGAGAUGCUGAACUCCCUCCGCUCAUUGCGCAACAGCGCUGCCAAAAAGAGGGCCAAAGUGAGCCUUAGCAGUUCAGAGCCGGAUCCAGACAGCCCUGACUCAGCCGUGAAGCUUGAGCUGGGUCUUGACUCACCUUCUCACACCUCCCCCAUCCUAACCAGUCCAGUCAGCGAGAGUGGCCUUUCCAGUUUGCACUCACCCCCCAACUUCACCCUCAAUGGCAUCAAAACUAGUCCUGGAAACUCUGCCUCUUCAGCAGCGAAGCCUCGCAUUGCAAGAGUGCCUUCUGCAAAACUGAGGUCUUCUGUGUCCAUGGACUUCAGCAGUCCUCAAGGAUUGUCUCAGAGAGACAAGCCCCCAUCUGAGGUGGGUGUGAUUGGCCAGAGAGUCUCCUACCCCAACAGAACAAUUAAAACUGAGGAGGAGAGUUGGACAAGAGAGCCCUCCUCUCCCCCAGUCAAACCAACCUCCCGUGAACCAAUGAGAGCUCUGAAGCCAGCCAAAGGGUCACAGAGUUACAGCAGCAGGAACUCCCCAGGCACAGACAUAUCUGAAGGAGUUGUUGGCAGAGGUGUAUUUGGUUCUGCAGUUUUGUCCAGCCGUCCUGGCAUUGCAUCAUUUGAGCAGGGUCAUGUGGUGGUUAAACCCCCGAGCGAUCCCCUAGAGGGCAUCUAUGGCCAUGCCGUGUCUGGUUGUUCAUUCUCCAGUGGUGACAGCCCACGUCCAGAGGAGGAGAGGGUUAAAAAUGCAAGGUUUAGCCGGGACAAGCUGCGCCUCCAGCGUCUGGAUCAGCCAGAAGGGCAGUUUGGUCAGUUUGGUCAGGUGGACAAUGCACGAGAGGAGAUUCGCCACCGCGUCAGACAGAUGCUGUCUGAGGCACCCACAGAGGAGAAUACAGUAUUAGGCAACAAAGAUAUGCAUCUGAAUGGUGACGCAGUGACCUCCACCAAGGCAGACCCUCCCGUUGGCGAAUCUCCCAUCAGCUCCACCAGUCCUAUCAGCCCCCCAGGACCUCAGAGUCCCGUUAAGUGCUUUACUCCGCCCCACCAGCCUAGCCCACCCACAGUGCCCCCCAACCCCAAAACCUCGUCCCGCCUCAGGAGGGCCCCUAGCCUCAGCAGGACCCGACCUUCACUCUCCCAUAGCUCAGAUGAAUUGUCCCCUGGCACUCCCAGUCAGAAGAAAGAUCCAUCAGAGUCUCCAGAGCUCCGUCCAUUUUCCAAACCCGACCUGGCGCUGACGCAGAGCUUCAAACUUCUCAGUUCAGAUGACUGGGAGAAGAAGAUUGAGGGUCUGACCCUCCUGCGUUGUCUGGCCCAUUACCACUCGGACACACUUCACAGCAGGCUCCAUGAUGUGUGCCUGUCUCUCAUACAAGAGGUGAAGAACCUGCGGUCGGGUGUCUCGAGGGUCGCAGUGUGCACACUGGGCGAUCUAUACAGCCACCUGCAGAAGGCAAUGGACCAGGAGCUGGAGGGGACAGCCAAGGCCCUGCUGCAGAAGGCCGGGGAGAGCAACGCCUUUAUCAGGCAGGAUGUGGAUGCAGCACUGGACUGCAUGGUGCAACACUGCACCCUCACCCGCAGCAUCAAUGCCCUGCUCACUGGAGGACUCAGUCAUCUAAACCCGGUGGUGAGGAAAUGCACAGCCCAGCACCUGGCCAAUCUGGUUGAGAAGGUUGGCGCUGCCCGUCUUUUGUCUGGAGGGAAAGAUCUCACUGACAGAAUUCUACCUGCCAUCAUCAAGCUGGCACAGGACUCCUCACAAGAAGCAAGGUACUUUGGGCGGCGGAUGCUGCUGUCUCUGUCAUCUCACCGUGACUUUGACAAGAUCCUAGAGAAAUAUGUCCCCACCAAAGACCUAGCGACUGUCAGAGACACCGUCUUCACGCUCAAGACUAAGGGUCUUGGUGAGAUGCCCCAAGACACCCCAUCAGCCAGGGGCAGACGUUCCCUCCCAGGCAGUGGCACAGUUAGAGCCUCAUCUCUCACCAGAGAGCCACUCAACCAGACCACCAGGGAGUCCAGUAGUCAGUACAGCUGCAGAUCUCAGGUACACAGUAUUGCAGACAAGACCGAAUACAUCAAGCAGAUCUCCUCUCUGCUGGGCUCAAAGGACUUCAGAGAGCGGAUCAAGGGAAUCGACCAGCUAGUGUCCGACUGCCAGCACAACCCCAGUAUGAUCAUCAAUAGUUUAUUUCCGGUGUUUGAUGCCUUCAAGGCCAGGCUGCAGGAGUCCAACAGCAAGGUCAACCUGCAUGCCCUGGAGUCUCUACAGAAAAUCAUCAGCUUGAUGAAGGACAGCCUUUCCCAGGUGGUCAACAUCCUGGUCCCAGCUAUCGUGGACAAUCACCUCAACUCCAAGAACAACAACAUCUACACCGCUGCUAUUGGAGCCAUUAACGCACUUAUCCUAAAUCUUGAUAAUGUACUCCUCCUCCAGCCUUUCUGCACGAAGGCCCAGUUCUUAACUGGAAAAGCAAAGGUGGAUCUUAUAGAAAAGGUUGCAGAUCUUGUGACAGACCUCUACCCUCGCAAGCCCCAGAUGGUGGAGCAAAAAGUCUUGCCUUUGCUGUGGCACCUGUUGGGCACCUCCAGCCACAGCGGUACUAUUCACGGCCGGGGCGGCAGCGUCCGGGGGGCCACCGCCAACCUGUGCCAAGCCCUUUAUGCCCAAAUGGGGCCCAGCCUGGCCGAGUCCGCUGCCUCCCAGGAUGCCAAUGUCCACAGGGGGCUCAAUGAAUUACUGAGGACCCUGUCCUAACCCUGAGAAAUUAAGAUAAAAUCCAAAGGCAACCAAACGCUGGAAGAGAAGAACACUAACACUGACUUUACUUGAAGACAGAGAUGUUGUACAUUUCUAAUAGUGCCUGCACUUUUAUAUCAUUAAAGAAAAAGUCCUUAAAAAUUAUGAGCUCUUAACUCAGUCCUUAUCUCAGCGACAUUUCCUCUGGUUCAGAUGCAUGGGCAAACAUUGGCAUCAGGUCUCACAUCUACUCAACAACCUGCUCUCUUUGCACUUUGAAAAGGUAGCUCAUCAUCAUGAUAGACAUGAGUUUUACAUUGUACCGUCCUAUGAUUGUCAUUGCUGUUUUUGUUUAAGAAUCUAAACAUACGUACUGUAGACAAAUCAGACACUAUUGCAGAAUGUAACAUUGAAAUGCACAAAAAGAUGAGGAGGCAAGGGACCUGAAAGGUGUAUAUUUUUGCUGUUUCAUCAAAUGUGAUAUUUUUAAAAUGUGUCUUACAUAGGUGUUUUGAAAAAAUGUGCGUUGAGAUUAACUGAUAUUACAAAAUACUUUUGUACAGUUCAAAUGUGUAAUUGCACAGUAUUAGCCUAAUCGAAUCGAAUGCUGUAUGAUGUUACAGUAUAUAAUUUAUCUAUUGUGUAACGUUACGGUUUGAAAGUCAUAUUGUAAGAAAUAUGUUAAUAAUGUGCUGAGUUAAUACCAUCCCUUUUCUGCAUGACCAAAAGUUACUGACAGGGGAUCAGAAUGUUAAUAUUUUUGUUAAAGAGAUAUCUAUGUACACUGAUGCCUAAAUCAGGAUUGGGUUUGAUCUAAUUCUUCAGGACGGGUUUAACAUGGAAAGGAUUUAGCUUUACACUGAUGGUUUAUUGAGAAAUGGUGACGCCCAAAUCUGUGAUUCUGUCUCAGUAUAGUGCCAGUCUUUAAGUAGCCUUUUCACUCUAUUGUUAAAUUAUAUUGAACUUGUCUGUGAAUAAGAGCAAAGACAGAUUGAUAUAUAAAUAAAGUGUUUUAUUUCUGUAAAAAUAGCUUUUGGUUGCCUCAUUUAAACCACAACUAUC